AUGGGGGGCUUCACUCGCAUCCUCCAUUCCGGGCGGCCUGACGACCUCAUGGACGAAAUACCCACGUACGUCGCGAAACCGCUCCCAAACGAGGCGGAAAACAGAGGAUAUGUUGUGUUGAAUCGGCCGUACGCCUUUCUUCAGUGGGCUCGGGACACAAACAUAGCAGAGAAGUAUGUGCUGAUGUCGGAGCCCGACCACCUGUUCCUCCGGCCGUUGCCCAAUCUCAUGAAAGGAGAACACCCAGGUGAGCCAGCAUCCUGCGCCGGUGUACACGCAUGCAUGGAGGUCCCAUGGUGA